AUGUCUGCUGACCCCACAUCUACUGCUCUUGCUCAGCUCUAUGUGGAUGAGGACAAGACACACAAAUCGUUAGUUCCCGAUGAUGUGGUUAUCCGCGACUACUUAAGCUGUAUCAAUGAUGAUACGUGGGUGCGACACGCAGAGCUCGUGAACAUGUCCGACCUGAAGGAAACGGAGUCGGAAGAAGUGGUGAAGGAGGAGGUGCUCCGUGCGUACAUUGAGGAGCGCCGUAGAUCCAACACUGAGCGUCGGGACCUUGUCAUGGAGGGAAUUCAAUGGCAAGAGAGGUUUAUGGAGGAGUACAAGCGGGAUCAGCGCACGCGGGACAUGUCAGAGGCGGCAAGUUACAAACAAGGUCUGAUAAGCAGCUUCCGAACGAAGAGAGGGACAGAAGGAGCCAAGGGCACUGGUGCGGACGAAGUGAAGGCUAUCGGUUAUACUGGCGUCAGUGGUUCUCGAAGCGCUGCUCCUCCAGUGGGUGCAACAUGUGAUAUAACGCCGUCAAUCUACUCUACUAAACCAAUUCAAGAGGCCCUCAAGAGCCCCAAGAAAGAGGAGGAUCCAUACCCAGUUGAGCAACCCGCGGAGCAGGCCCCAGAACCAGCUGAUAAACCUGAGGAGGAAACCGAGCAACCUGCGGAGGAAGCUUCACAACCGGCUGAGGUGCCUGCAGAGGAACCACAGCAAACUGAGGAACUCGCGGAGGAAACAUCGUACCCGGUGGAGCAACCUGCUGAGGAGGUUUCGCAACCAGCUGAGGAGCCGGCUGAGCAACCUGCUGAGGAGGUUUCGCAACCAGUUGAGGAGCCGGCUGAGCAACCCGUGGAGGAAGCUACCGAACAGCCCGUUGAGGAACCUCUGGAAGAAGCUUCACAACCGGCUGAGGUGCCUGCAGAGGAACCACAGCAAACUGAGGAACUCGCGGAGGAAACAUCGUACCCGGUGGAGCAACCUGCUGAGGAAGUUUCGCAACCAGUUGAGGAACCGGCUGAGCAACCUGCUGAGGAAGCUACCGAACAGCCCGUUGAGGAACCACAGGAGGAGGUUGCACAAGAUGCUCCAGAGGAGGCGGCGGGUGAUGCUCCUGCUGAAGAAAAUGCGGAGGCUCAGGAGUAG